AUGUCGCGAGGGACGUUUAAACCGCUCUCGUGCGCGAACGGUCGAGACCGGAAAGCGUUGUUGGCGGAGUGGCGAGCGAAACACUCCAGGCGACGCGCGAGCGCGGGCGUGGACGCGAACGAUGGGAUGCGCGCGGAGAGAUGGACGGUGGAGCACGGAGAGGGAGAGAGGAAACGAGAGACGCGCGCGGGAGGGGCGAGCGUUUCGUCGCCGGGCGCGGAGGGAAAGGGGAGUGUGUCGGUGACGACGACGCCGACGCGGAGCGCACGAGACGACGAAAAAGGUGAUUUGAUACGGUUUGAGGGCGCGACGACGCCCGAGGAACGAAUCGGGACGCUCGAGUCGAGGUUGGUGUCGACGAGCGCGGACAGAGGGGGACAACGCGGCGCGUCGACGAGCGAGAAGACGCCGAACGGGCGGCGAGCGGGUUCUUCGUAUUUCUCGCUCUCUGGGACGUCAAGACGGGGAGAGAUCGAUACCAUGCCCUCUCCAGCGGUUCGAGCGAGACUGAAGGCGGUGGAAUUGGAGAAGGAACAUCUAGCCGCGCUCGCUUCGAAACUGCGCGAAUCGCAAGAGGAGGCGGCGGAGAGAAUGCACGCGGAGCGAAAGGAGGCGGAGGAGGCGAAGAAGAGUAUGUCCGACCGAUUGCAAAAAUUAGAAUCCGACAGAAACGCGCUCCAGCAGAACAUGGCGGCGUUUCAAGCGCAGGCUCAGGCGCUGUCAAAGGCCAAGGAGGAGCACUCGCGAGCGCUGCGCAAAGAGAAACGCGCCGCAGAAGCAGCCGUCAGAGCACUCGAGCAGGUGAAAGAGGACGCUGCCACGGCGGUUCAGGAACGUGACUUUACGAUUGCAAAUCAAGCCGCGAUUUUGCAAGAGCUCGAUGACGAGCUCGAGCGCGCUGAGCGCAGUCGGGAGCGAGCCGAGCUCGAUGCUGCGGCAAAGGACAAGCAUCUUGCAAAGUUGAGAGCCCAGCUGGAUGAAGCGAAGCGAGAACUCGAGAUUAGGACGAAAAAUCAGUCUUCUAAGCAAAAUGACGACAGUGGUGGCGUCCGCGCGAGUCAUGAAAAGCUAUUACAGCUCGCUGGACGUGCGCAAGAGGCAGAGGCGGACGCCACUCGUGCACGCCAAGCUGUGAAGAACUUGCAACUUGAAGUUGAGGAGAGGAAAGCUGAGAUGGAGACUCUACAGUGCGAGCUCGAAAAGUGUCUGCAAGAGGAACGUGUUGAACGGCAGCGCGCAGAGGAAGCGUUCUGUGAGAUUGAAAUCGAGCGAAAUACGUUGGAAAUACUCGUGGAGAAGCGCACAUUGGAGAAAAUGGCUCUCGAAGAGCGUCUCGAAGAGGUCACUCAAGAGGCCGAUAUUCUUCGUAUUGAGAUGAAAGAGCGAGACGAAAUGCUUCGUGAGGGUGCACAGUUGAUCGAGGAAAAAGAAGGCGAGCUCGAUACCGCGGUCGCGUACGUCGUUCAACUCCAAGAUCAGCUUGAGCAACUCCAAGCAUCUGGCCUAGAUGAAAACGUAGAAGUUGCUGAACAACUUAAGGCGUUGGAACAGAAACAAGAAGCGAUGCGCUUGGAGAAGCAGAAGGUCGUCAAAUGCAUGCAAGAUGAAAUCGCUGAGCGAGAUGCAUUGUUGUCUGCGAGUAAGGACAAGCUUAAGUUGAAAGAAGCAGAAAUCGCUGCUCUUCAAGCCGAGUACCGCACAAAGACGACCGAGUUGGGUCCACUUGAGAUUGAGCUUCAGAGCUUACGGGAAAAGCUUUACGCCCUCAAGUUCGAGCUGAACGAGAAAAACACGCGGUUAGAGGAAAAUGAUGCGCUGGUGAAGCAGCUCAUGUCCGCCGAGAAGAGGCAGACAGCCAACGUGCGACGACUUGAGUUUGGGCUCGCUGAGCGCGACGAGAAGUUACGUAACUUCAACGAAGAGUUGAACAAUCUCAAAAUAGAGUCCGAGCGCGACGAGAAGGACAUAUCGAAGCGCAUGAAUGAAUUGCGACAGCGUGAAAUCGCGCUAGAGGAGCUCCACCGUACGACCGAAGCGCGCGUGGAUGAGAUUCGUAAGCAGUAUGAUUCCGAGGUUGAACGACUGAAUGCCGAGCUUGCGCAUUCUCAACAACGUAUCAACGAGCUCACUCGAGAGAUCGAACGGUUGAAGAGUGAUACUGUCUCGCAGAAUUCUCAAGAGAUUGAUGCUCUGAAGCAAGAUCUAGUCGAGACGCACGCGAAGUGGGAGGCGGCUCAGGCAGAGAUUGCUACGCUGUGCAACUCCAUCUCUGAGCUCGAGCACCACGCAGAGGAGUCCAACAGUACUCUGAAGGCUGAGCUGGAAAUGACGAAAGGAGAGCUUCAAAGCGCACUCACGGAUGCCGAAGAACAGCGAGCGAGCGCAAACGAGGUCGAAAGCGAGAGUCGCGCGCUCAUGAAGGAGAUGCAAAAGACUUGCGAGGACAUGGAUAACAGGAUCCACGAUUACCAAGAAGUCGUCACGUUGCGUGAAUCUGAGCUGAAAAUGCUCAAGAAGCAACUGCAUGGCAAAUCCAACGAAGCUGAGACCUAUAGGACGAAAGCAGUCAAAGGAACAGAGGUGAUUACCACGCUUGAGAUGGCGUUGAAGACCAAGGUAGACGAGUGCGAACGUAUCAAGGGUGAAAUUGUGAAGGCACAAAAGCAACUCGCCAUGUUCCAACAAGAGCUUAGUUCGAGUAAGAAGGUCCAGAAAGAGCUCCAGGAGUCGUUGAGUGAGUUCCAACUCAGAUUUCAAAAGUCGGAGGAGGCACGUGACGAGCUCGCCGGUUCGUUGAGUCGGCAAGAAGAGUACCACGAAGAGAAAAUCAAGGCGCGUGAGACGGUACAUCAACUCGAGCUUGAAAACGCGGCGGAUGACAUAAGAAGCCUCAAGCGCAAGAUGACCGCUCUCGCCGUAGCGUUGCAGCAACACGUGCGCAUCAACGAACUUGAUCCGGAAGUUGCUUUAUUGGUCGAUGAGUUGGCUGAGGUGACGCAAGUGAUGCCGCAAACGGCCCUGCCGACGCCCACGAUGACGUUCAAUGAGGCGAAGACCAAACCGAAGACUUACCGAAAAACUCCGGCCAAGCCCAAGACGAAUCCUUCGAAUCUGAUCACUCCAGUUCGUCCCGAUGCAUCGCUGAAAGCGAACAUCGAUAAGCUGAACGAGCGCGCCGAUCAAAUUUCUUUCCAUGACUACGCGACGAGGCAAGCAGAGACGGAGGGUGACGUGUACGCGACGCCGGGGAACGAAAACGCGGGGAUUCGUCAGAAGACCGCGGCGGACGGAAAGCGACCACUCGCACCCGUGGCGCAACCUCGAGCUGCGCUCAGCGAUUUAGGGAAUAACGUGUAA